CAAAGAACACAAUCUUCUAAUUGCCCUCGACAUCUCCUUUCUUACUUAACUUCCAACACACACCCCAAUUAAAUCAAGAAAAAAUGGAUCAAACACCGAAGUACACUGACAACAAACCCACUGUUAGAUUUUACACCAAGAUCAAGACUGAUUACUCACUCACCAUCCGUGAUGGAGCACCGGUUAUUGCACCCACCAACUCCUCCGAUCUUCAUCAGCAUUGGAUAAAGGAUGAGAAGUUUAGCACGAGAGUCAAAGACGAAGAGGGUUUUCCCUCUUUUGCUCUGGUAAAUAAAGCUACUGGACAGGCUCUGCAACAGCCUACCGAUCCAGCUCAUAAACCAGUUCAGCUGACGGAAUUCAACCCAUAUACGCUUGACUUGUCUGUUCUUUGGACAGAAAGCAAGGAUUUGGGCGAUGGUUUUCACGCAGUAAGAAUGGUGGACAAUAUUAAGCUUAAUAUAGAUGCAUCCAUUGGUGACACUGGUAUUCAUGAUGGCACCGAAAUUCUUUUGUGGGAGUGGAAUAAAAAUGAUAACCAGAGGUGGAAGACAGAACCUUUCUGAUAUGUAAUGAUGUGGAGUUCCCAUAACUAGAAACUUGGCGUACUAUAUGGUGAUCGAUGGUGAUGGUGAUACGUAUGUUUGAAUAAUGUUGUGUUUUAAUUAAUAUAUUUAAAUAACAUGACAAUUGGACCGUUACACGGCUCAAUACCACGACUAGUGUUGGACAUGGUAUGCAUGUUCAACAUGUAUGAAUGUAUGAGAAUAAUUUUUAUUGGUGUC